GGCCAGCGCGGCCCGCCCUGGCGAGUCAGUCCUCGGGUUCCCUCCCUCCCCGGGCGCGCUCGGGCCGCCGCUGCGUUCCCCGCCCUCCAGCCGCCUUGCCGGAGCCACUCGCUGCCGGAGGAGGAGGUGGAGGAGCCGCAGGGGCCCGCCGAGGCGGCGGCGGCGGCAAGAUGGCGGACUUCCUGCCGUCGCGCUCCGUGCUGUCCGUGUGCUUCCCGGGCUGCGUGUUGACGAACGGCGAGGCCGAGCAGCAGCGCAAGUCCAAGGAGAUCGACAAAUGCCUGUCGCGGGAGAAGACCUACGUGAAGCGGCUGGUGAAGAUCCUGCUCCUGGGUGCGGGCGAGAGCGGCAAGUCCACCUUCCUGAAGCAGAUGCGGAUCAUCCACGGCCAGGACUUCGACCAGCGCGCGCGCGAGGAGUUCCGCCCCACCAUCUACAGCAACGUGAUCAAAGGUAUGAGAGUACUGGUAGAUGCCCGCGAGAAGCUUCAUAUCCCCUGGGGAGAUAACAAGAACCAGCUCCAUGGAGACAAGCUGAUGGCAUUUGAUACCCGCGCCCCCAUGGCUGCCCAGGGGAUGGUGGAAACUCGAGUGUUUCUGCAGUAUCUUCCUGCUAUAAAAGCCUUGUGGGACGACAGUGGUAUACAGAAUGCCUACGACAGGCGCCGGGAAUUCCAACUGGGUGAGUCUGUGAAGUAUUUCCUGGACAACUUGGAUAAACUUGGAGUACCAGAUUACAUUCCAUCACAACAAGAUAUUCUGCUUGCCAGGAGACCCACCAAAGGCAUCCAUGAGUAUGACUUUGAAAUUAAAAAUGUUCCUUUCAAAAUGGUUGAUGUAGGCGGCCAGAGAUCAGAACGGAAACGUUGGUUUGAAUGUUUUGACAGUGUGACAUCAAUACUUUUCCUUGUGUCUUCAAGUGAAUUUGACCAGGUGCUUAUGGAGGAUCGCCUGACCAAUCGCCUUACAGAAUCUCUGAACAUUUUUGAAACAAUUGUCAAUAACCGGGUUUUCAGCAAUGUGUCUAUAAUCCUCUUCUUAAACAAGACAGACUUGCUUGAAGAGAAAGUGCAAGUUGUGAGCAUCAAAGACUACUUCCUAGAAUUUGAAGGGGACCCACACUGCUUAAGAGACGUCCAAAAGUUUCUGGUGGAAUGCUUCCGGGGCAAACGCCGGGACCAGCAGCAGAGGCCAUUGUACCACCACUUCACCACCGCCAUCAACACAGAGAACAUCCGACUCGUGUUCCGAGACGUGAAGGACACAAUCCUCCACGACAACCUCAAGCAGCUCAUGCUCCAGUGAUGACAAGACUUGCUAUUUUAAUACCUUGUUGUGGUUUUGAUUGUUUUCUGUUUGUCUUGGUUUUUGUUUCUUUUUUAAAAUAGCAGUUUACAACAGCAGUUAGAGAAAUCUCAAUUCUCUGUCUAACUUCUUGGAAAUCUUAGUCCUUCUAUGGCCUUUAGUUUGUGGCUGAAAGCUGCCAAAUUAACACAUUGCCAAUAUCUGCUGGAAUUCAGGCUUUGAUCGGUUUUACCAUGGCUUCCAUUCAAGUCCGGUUGUAAUUUCCUGACCAGCCUCACACUAGGUAUAUUUCAGGCUUUGAAUUCUCCUGCUUGCAAACUGAAUUCUCCUGCAGUGCCAAGAAUAGGCAGUAUCCUUAACUACUUGUAGGGACGAGAUUAGGAAUGUUCAGCUCUAAGAUGAGACCCAAGAGAGAGUGCCUUACACAGCAGUGUCAUGCCUAGCUAGAGUGAGCCCCUGUUCUAAAAGGGCUGUUAGAGAAAGUUCAGUCUAAGGAUCAGCAGUCUAGAUCUUCAGAGGCUUAGCCUUCCUGUGUUUGUAAUUGCUUACACACACAGAGUAGUUUUCUUCUCAGUUUCUUUAGUUUCUGAAGAUCAUGUCUUAGUGUUUAAGUUUACAGUAUGGAUUUUGGCCUAAUGUUGCUGUGUUCACAAAUGGUACAUGUACUGUGUUGAUCUAAAAUACCCAGUGGUGUACAGUUUGCUUUUUCCAUAUUUAAGCAUCAGAACUUAAUGUGCCCUGUUAGAAACAUUUUGGCCAUAACAACAGCUAGAAAGGGCGAUCACCGUGGUAACAGCAGUCACCAUGGCUGUUCCUGAGUGCCACGUGUGUGACUUGUUGGUCCUGUCUCAGUUGGUGUCGUGCCUCCUGGAGGGAGUCACUGUUGAGUAUUCUUUCUUCUGCUCUCCUGUCUUAAUCUCAGCAACUCUGAACUCUAGCAUUUAGGGGGCUCUUUUGUCACCAAGAGCUUGGCGGGCAGUAUUUUCCUGUGAAAUAUUCAAAAAGGCAUCCUUUGAGUAUCCUGUUCAUGCUUAGUGUCCCUGUAGACACAGACACAGUUUGUAUGUGUUGUUGCUGUAGUUGUGUGUGAGAUGACAGCUUUAUUGAGGGACAGUUGAAUGUCUAAAGAAUGCAUCUAAGGAUAAGUCGUUCUUUUGGUCCAUACUUAGGAGGUUUGCCUUACACACACACACACACACACACACACACACACACACACACACACCACUGCUAGGUUAAUCCAUGCCCAUAAAGUAGCUUUGUGAUUAGCUAUACCCAUAGUGACUGGUGUACUAAAACAUUUGUCAUGUUCCCGCUGGCCUGUGAGAGUUUGCAGAGCCUGAGCACUCCCCUGCUUUCCAUGGAGAAUGCAUGAGGACUGUGAUGCCUAUCAUUUUACUGUGUGAUUGUUCUCAGGCAAGAAAUUGGGCUCCAAAAGGUGGGCCAGCUUUGUGGCUCACAGGCAGUGGUGUUCCUUAUUCCUUGCUGGCAGGUAUGAUAGCUGAGCCUCUUAGUAUGCUCACGAGAGGUGUGUUCUUCAGAGACCUGACUUGGAUUUGACUUUUCAUUGUCUUUAUGUUUCUAAAUUCCAGUGUUUUCCAGUGUUUUCUUGCCUUUGGUAAUAUAUGAGCUUAAGACAUGUAGUCCAGUAUCACAGUGCAGGUGUUGUUACCAUAAUUUAUGUAUAUUUGAAUGGUUCUACAUCUAGUCCUUUUUGUGAAAAAGAAUAAGUUGUUCAAAUGUAUGGGGUUAGCAUAACUCCAGUACUGAUGAGCAUUUGAACAUGUGCACAGUAACACUUGUUUUGCUCUGUGUUCAUUUAGCAAACAUUUCUGUAUAUUGGCCAAAACCGACUACAGUGAAAAUAGAAGUCAGUCCCUUGAGAAAGCAGUUUAUGUCCAGUUACACUUAAGCUCUGUGGUGAGAACAGAAACAUUGCCUGGCGGAGCAGAAUCCCUGACUUCCUCCAUUGUGACUAUUACCAAGAAAUGACAAGAGCACCCACCUAGACACAGCAUCCUUCUGGGCAUCUGCAGCUCCUUCUGAUGCCUGCAGAAUCUCAGAAACAAAUGCAGUCUAGUUAUAUUCUGAAGCGAUGGAGUAUUUACUUGCAGUUUAUACAGGAUUGGUUAGAAUUCAAAGAAUUGUGAGGCUCAGCCAAAAAGUUCUAGUCCAUAUUUGGAAGGAAUCUUACACCUGCAUCCUGAAAGUCAUGUCCUUUUGUGAAUUGAAAUAAUGUUGUGUGAAGAGGAAGGUGAAAUGUAGCCCACAGAAUCAAUUGCAAAGGUGCUCUCCCCUGCCUGUGCUGGCUCCCCAGUCCCUAGAGUGUAACUGGAGUUGAGGCUCUCUGGGGCAUCAGACUUUGCGAGUCUUGGGGUGAGUAGAAUGACCGGUGCCUAACUCCAGAUUUCUCUGUUCUGAAAUCCUGCAUCCUUGCUACAUACCAACAAAUGAUCACACAAGUGUCCUGGUUGACUUUGAAGUUUUUUAUAUUUUACAGUGUUGCCUUAUUAAAUGAAAGAACACCACAAAUUUAGACCUUAAUUUUUUUUUUUUUUUUUAAAUAGGAAAGGGCUUUGUUCCAUGGUUUCUUAUGAUCUUAUUUCAAGGUGUGUUUCUGCCACUUAAAUAUUUUAAUGUCCUGAAAUGUUGCUUUCUGCCAAAUGCUGUCUGUAUUAAAUUGAAACCUCCGUUUCAGUUUUUCUGUCUGGGAAGGGUACUUGAUAGCCAGAGGGCAGCCGCAGCCAAACCAGACAGGGCCUCCUGAAGAGGAGCCUAUCCCAGCAGCGAAUUGGUGGGUACUUCACACCCUGAGGGGCCUCUGGGAAGUUCUCAAGCCUGGGCUCUACAGGGAAAUAAAUGCUUGUUCAGUUGGUGGCCGCUUUGAAUUAGAGAAAGUAUCCACAUUGGUGCCAGAAGUGACCAGAAGAAGUGUUGUUAGAUGCAGCAAAAAGAAUGUGCCCUCUAAGUAAACCACCUUCCAGUGUAGGCCCAAACGCUUGGGCUACUGUUCUGAUAGGAUGUAUUUCUCAGCAUUGGUAUUCACAUCCGGUUGUACCUCAUUUAUAUGAAGAAUAAAAUGCCCAAGUUACGCGGUUAUAUCCUGAAACUCAAGCUAUUUGGAAAUCCCUCAAAUUGGUGCUUUCAUUAUUUAAUGAUACAUUUCGGCAAAACCCCAAACAAACCAUUUGAAACGUGACUCUGAGUUGCAAUUUGUAAUGAUGUUAUUUUUCUCAUUUGAGAAGACCAAGUGUCAGUGUUCAUCUGAAUUUCCUGUAUGAACCCACGCACCCUACCUGUAAAGCCCAGUCAAAUAUUUGUAACAAAUUUCCAAAUAAACCUAGAGAAAGCCGCUCUGUUACCUUUUCAUUUCUUUGGAUUUUCUUUGAAAGAGAGAGAGUAAAGUUUUGCAGAUCCUUUCAUUUGGAAAUCGGCCUCUGGUUGUACGUCUCCUUUCUGUGGUUUCAGCACAUUAAAUUCCAUGAGCCAAGUGUUCUUUGUGUUACGCUGCUCAAAUGAAAGCACUUUCUACUUUCUGGUCUUUUUCUUUAAAGCUGGGGUGGCUUUUCAGUCUAGAAAGCAGGAGGCACAAGAUGCCUAUUUUCUUAUGGUACGAGGUUAAGGCUUACUCAGUUUACACUAGAGACGGAAUUCCGUAUUAAAACCUGAUGAUGGCUUUUCGGAUACCGUCAGCUAGAUACUGCUAGCUUUGCCCGGCAGGUGCUUGCCAGAUUCAUCAGAGCAGUGUUUGUCCACUAGCAUUCUUCCGCCCGCCUGAAUGCAGAUGAGCACUUGAACGGACCUGUUCAUCCCUGAAUGUAGCAUUCAGGUCUGACCAUCACUUUGAGUGCCAGGGAUAGCACAGAGCAUUGUUUUGCAUUUGUUUGUAGAGUUGUGUGCUUUUGAGAUGUGGCCCCCUGUGGAUCCUGGGCCUCUGGCAUUUGAGAUCCUCAUGGCUCAGCUUCCCCACUGCAGACACUGCCGCUUGCCUGUAAUGGUGUUUUGUGGGCUGUAAAGUGACUUUUGUGACCUUUGCUAUGUUAAUAGUGUUGAAUUUCCAGAUGGAUUGAAUGUACCUGAAUCCAGGAAGCAUAAAUUUUCAAUCCUUGACAAUCACUAAUCGGAAUAAACCACCCUCUUGGUAUGUAAUUCUGAUUUACAGAAACAACACUGCUAAAAUGGGUGGUGAUUUUGAUAUUAACCAUGCCGGUUGCAUGGUACUAGGAGUGACAAGGAGGAAGGAGGCAAUGUGUCUUGUUGGGUGCGUAUAGCAAUGAAGCAGACUGUACUGUGUACCCUCUCUUUACGUCUUUUACUUGAAAGCAGAAUCGCAAAAUAUUCUAGAUGUCUUUUCUCUAUUAGGUGUGAGCUCACAGGGCACAAGAAGCCUUAUCCGAAGCACUCAGUGCACCCUCACAGAUACUGUCCCUAAUGAGACAUGGUUUAUAUUACCCUGUAUAAGUAUUUGUGGCUUAGAUUUUUUUUUUUUUUACAUACAUCUUUUUAUAACUUUCCAGGAACUAAGCACAUUAUCUGAUACUGUUGUAAAUUUUUUCUUGGCCAGUGCUUUGGUUCCAGGCUAGCAGUAAAUUAUUUCUACAGGAGGUCUAAGAAUGGGAGGAAUGGUUUCAGUUUAUUAAACGAGUUGCUAUUCAUUAAGGCUUUUUACUUUUGUACAUAUUUUGCAAAAUUUGUCUCUUUACUAUUAAUAUUUGCUUUGUAAAAAUUACUGACAUUUAAUAAACAUUUAUAAAUGA